AGAGGAGAUGGGUAAUGGGUAAUGGUGGUGAUGGUUGUUAGUUACUACUUCAUUUUCAAUUAACGUGUACCCCACACAGAGAGAGAGAGAGAGAGAGAGAGAGAGAGCUUUGGGUAGCAGCAAAAGGGGAUGGGAAGCAGGAGUUGGUGGGGAUGAGAGCGAUGCUCUCUCACAACAAACAUCCCAACACACCUCAUCAUCACUCCCCGCACACACACAACACACACACAUACACAUUUCUCAUUUCCGUUUGCUUUUUUCCAUUUCUUUUCUCAUCCAUCAUUCUCACUCCUCUCCUCCCCCUUCAAGGCAUUACCAGAGGCUCAUUCUCUCUCUACACUCAGAUUGCGAUUUAUUUGUGAUAGAAGAAACUGGAUGAAGAAGCUAAUAACCAUAUCAUGAGGAUUCAUAAUUUUGUUUCGGUUUCCAAGAAGCUUCUCUCCUCCCCAUUGUCUUAAUUUCUCUUCGGCCACUCUCAGAGAUCUGUUAAGCACCCAAAAGUUUAAUCCCCCAAUUACUGGUUGCCACCAUGGGUUCAAGAUUCCCAUCUCAUCAGCUUAGCAAUGGCCUCUAUGUUUCAGGCCGACCUGAACAAUUAAAGGAGAGGCAACCCACCAUGACCUCCUCUGCCAUGCCUUACACUGGAGGUGACAUCAAGAAAUCAGGAGAACUAGGGAAAAUGUUCGAUAUACCCGUUGAUAAUUCAAAAUCAAAGAAAUCAGGUCCUAUCUCCAAUGCCCCAUCAAGAACUGGAUCAUUUGGGGUUGCUGCAUCUCAUCACUCAGGACCCAUAUCCAAUUCCACUGGUUCUCGCUCUGCUUUCUCCACUUCAGGCCCUCUCUUGUCAGCUUCUCUCUCGAACUCAGUUCCAUCGAGACAAAAAUCGAAUUCGGGGCCUCUUAACAGACACGGAGACUCUGUUAAAAAGACUUCGGGCUCACUAUCUCGUCAAAAUUCAGGCCCCCAACCACCUGUUCUUCCUACAACUGGACUAAUCACUUCGGGUCCAAUUUCUUCGGGGCCCCUCAACUCUUCAGGGGCACCUCGAAAGGUAUCGGGCCCUUUAGAAUCCAUGGGUUCCAUGAAGCUCCAAUCUUUGUCGGUUGCUAACCAGGCAGUCACUAAUUUGAGUAAUGAAGAAGAUUAUUCAUUCAUGGGUAAUAUUCCAAAGCUUAUCCUAUGGUUGGUUAGCUUGCUAUUUGUGAUGGGGUUCAUAGCUGGUGGAUUUUUUCUUGGUGCUGUGCACAAUGCUGUCUUGCUCAUUGUUGUUGUGGUGCUCUUCACUUUUGUGGCUGCGCUUUUCACUUGGAAUACUUGUUGGGGGAGGAGAGCUGUGACUGGUUUCCUUGGUGGUUAUCCUGAUGCUGAGCUCAGGACCGCAAAAGAUGGUCAAUAUGUGAAGGUUUCAGGGGUAUGGGUUCCCAAUUCCUUAAUUUUUGUUAUUAUUAUGGUAAAAAACAUGUGAGGAUAUGUUAAUCUUUGUAUGCUGACCCUUUUAAAUCUUACACAUAGUAAACCAUGUGUUCGGCUAAGGUCUCCAAAUUUUGGGAAACAUGUGUUUAAUUGAUUAGUAAAAAAAAAAAGGACUUUAAUUCUCUUUGUGGCUUUUGAAAUCCUGGAUUUGAGUUAUAUUUUAAGGGCAAGUAUGCUUUAGGCCAGUGGCCUACAGAAACCAUAUCUGAUGGUCUCAUGUCCAUCCAAUGAAAGGUCCCUAGGAUGGGUGAUCAGGGUGGUGGGGUUCCACAGU